CUCGCGGGGAGCGCCUUUUGGUUCAGUUAGUUGCCGCCAGGUGGAGGAAAAAAAAAAUAGUAAACCAGACUAACUUAACGACUUUACAGACUAUACAAAAAUUCUUCUGGCUGACUGGUUGAAGACUUAAACAUUCUGUAAAAUUUUAAAGAACUUUAAUGAGAUAUGGAGGGAGGCACCCAGUUAGUUGAAACUUUGAAGAAACUUGGUUAUCCAAAGGCUUCUAAACUGAAUGGAGAAGAUUUUGAUUGGUUGUUUGAAACAGGAGAAGACCGCUACUUUCUCCACUGGUUCUGCACUAGUCUAAAUAAGCAGCAUUUGCUGGAUGAGGAAGAGGUAAUUGCUUUUGAGAAUCUGAAAAAGUCAGGCAAGACAAUGUUGGAUGAAGAAUCUUUGGCUGAGGUUUUGAAGGCGUAUCAAAACACAGAGUUGAAAAUGGAAUCUGCAACACAAGAGAAGAUUGAGAUUGAGAAGCUGGAAGAAGAAAUUCAGUCACUGAAAAAGAUGAAAAACCUUAAAGUUCAGCGGCGUAACAAACUUCAGGUAAUGGCUACUGUGAGCCGAAGUUCUUCUUUAAAGCUUUGUGCAGAAGAGCAAUUAACUGCUAAAGACAUUAAGGAUAAAAUGGAAAUAUUAGGAGCAGAGAAUGCAAAGUUUAACAGAGAGCUGCAAUCACUUACAGAAACUGUGAAACGACUUACUGAUUUCUUUUGUAAUGUGGCCAGUUCUAGUUCUGGAUCACUGAAACGCAUGCCUGUCUUCUUAUCUCAUUUAUCCCUUGACAAGUAUCUGCAUCUAGAGGAACAUAAUACUAAAGCUCUUGUCUCCUAUGCAAAAAAACAGUUCUUUGAAGGAAUCACUGAUUUAGUGGAAAGUUCAAAUGAAGAGAACUUUCAGUUGUUAGAUGUAAGCAGGAAUUCAUUCUGUGGAGAAGGUGACCAAGUACAAGAGGAACGUCGAAAAGAGAUGGCACGGCUGCAGUUUGCCUACAUAGUUGCUCAACACCAGUUAGUUGAAAAGAAUGCAGAGGAACAAAGCAUCCUGGCAGGACUUAACUGGGUUAAAGAGAAUUUUGUCUUCUCUCCUAGAGCAAUGUUAAAUGGAGAUGACUAUGAGUUCAAGGUAAAAUUUGGGCGAUUAAAGAAGGAACUUCAGAGUACUGAAGAACAGGUGGAAUCCCUUCGUAGAGAAAAGCUGUCGGCCACGUUGAGAGAGAAUGCUCAGUCCCUUAACGUUCCAGUGGUAAAGGGAGAUUUUGACCUGCAGAUUGCUCGUCAGGACUACUAUAUGUCCGGACAGGAUGAAGUUUGCAUUCAGCUUCUGGAGCAGAAAGCUUCGUUUGAAUUGUUACAACUUGCCUAUGAGAUGGAAUUAAGAAAAUACAGACAGUUUCACAAACAGCUUGAAGAAAUGGUUUUAGACCUUGUGAGGAGCAGAAGUGAAUUAGCAAGUAGAUUAGAAACAUUCUCUGACCCUGCAUUGUCCAAACCUGCCAAGCAACGUAGCAUUAUUGAUUCGAAGGACUUUACCUUUAAUAGACUGUAUGAGAUGCUAGUCGAGAACACAGAUGGAAAGGAACAGCUUUUCAGAACAUAUGAAUGUUUGGAUCAAGCAGCUCAAAAGUUGCAACAGGAUAUCCUUUCACUUACGGAUCAUGUAGCUGCUUCUAACAAGGAACAGUCCUUAUUAUUGUCCAAAAUGGAGUCUGAUUUGGAUGUCCUCCGUAAUACUAAUUACUGUGGGCUAAAGCAGAUUGUGCUUACUCCACAGGUAUGUUUAACAAAACAGGAACACUUUAUCAACUCACAGGAACUAGGGGAGACCAUAAUUAAUCUGGAUUCUCAGCUCACCAUUCUGAAUCAGCUGAUGUUGGAAAUUAUUAAUGAUGUUAAAGCAAAGAAUACAAUAUUAGAACACAACAAGUUACUACAGAUGGAACGAGAGCUUUAUGUUUAUUUUUUUCAAGACGAAAAUUACUUAAAAAGCAUUGUUGAAGAGUUGGAGAACAAGGUCAGAUCUUUAGCCACUGGACAUGAAAACUGAAAUACUGACAACUUAUGACUUGAUGUAAAUGCAAUCAUGGUUCUGGACUAUUUUAUAUUUUAUCAUAUUGUCAAAUUUUCAAAUUUGCCACUAUUCUGAUGUGAAUUUGGACUAUCGUGUGGCCCGCGAUUCUUUGGAGAAAAGUUGCCAUGUAUAUGUUACUUGUUAUUUAUUAACUAUUUUUUUUUUGUUUUUUUUUUAACUUGGAGUUUUCAAUUAUUCAGUCUACUUUAGUACACAUGUUAGGUUUGACAGACAUUUUGUCUAAUUUCUGUCACAGUUAAACUAUUCAAUGGAAGAUCUAGAAAUAUACUUAAAAAGGUGUACACUUUAUUACAUCAAUUUUGAUAUUAAGUUAAUUAAGUUUUAUUUACUAUGAUUUCUCAGUAAGUGUUAAUUUACUAAAAAUACAUGCAUUGUUUAAAUCUGUACUAUUAGGUUAUUUUAGUCUACACUAAGUAAGUUCAUAGAAAUUAUUUUUGUGGAACUAAAAGUAUUGUAAAAGGCAGUUCAUUAAUGUAUAUUUCUUGACGUGCAUAUUUUUGAUAAAUGAAAAUGCUGAUUAAAAAAAUAUGUAAUCUACUUUGCAGGAAAACUAGCAUACAGAACAGAUGACACAUAGGUAGAAAAUUACAGCAAACCAGAACUUGUUGUAGGUUAGCUAUUCUAGGAAGGAGCUCCACUUUGAGAGUAAUUGGUAUUUGAAAGGUCUCAUGGUUGACAAUUAUAAUCACUGCCAUUUUCUAGGUUUACCAAGUGUAGCUAAUUGCUCUUGUAUCUUUUUCACACUGCUUGGUCUUGGGAAUCCUUUAGGAUGAGAUUCAUUCUUUCAUUGUACUGUUCCCCCCACACGUCUCCUGGCACCCUAUCAUAUGCCAUCUUUCAAGGUAAAGAUGCAUAUUGUAGCUUAUUUCAUUUCAAACAAUUGCUUUCCUCCAUUUUUCCUGAAAAAAAAAAAAUCUAUUUUUUGCCUUCUCAGGCAUGAAAUCAACGUGCAUUUUUCUCAUUUUCACCUGAUCUGAUUUUAAUUUUUUUUUUCCGUAGGACAUUUUUUUAACCAUCUUCAUUACUUGCUUAAUAUAUUGAUUGUUUGAAAUAACUUGCACUCAAUUGAAUCAACCUUUUCUUUGUAUAAUGGUACAAGCACAUCUCUUUUCUGAUCUUUAGAAAUUCUCAGUUUAGAUACCAUGAUGUCUAAGCCUUCGUCUUUUUUCAAUGCUUUUGCAAGAUCUCUUGUUUUGAAAACUUAUAGUUCAGCCGUCCUAUUUAAACACACUGAUCAUUAUCCAAUUUAUGCUUUUCGUUUAGCUUGUACAUCCAUGUACAUCUUCCAGUUUAAUUCUCAUUACCAUCAGUCAUGAUAUUCCUUUCAGUUUUUUCACAACUAUUACAUCUUUUAUCAUUUACUUCAUAUUUCUUCACACAUUUCUGUUUCCUUCCUUGUUCUGCAGCUCUUGUGAAAACUCAAAUCUGUUAGCUUUUUGUGGUCUGUCUUGUUUUACUAGUGUUGUGCUUUGCUUCCUUAUCUAAUUGCUCUGUUUCCUUUUAUCUUUGUUUGUGCCACUUCUUACAAUAUCUUUUUUUCCUUCAGUUGCCUUUUCUACCUCUGCAUUCCAUCACUUUGUAUCAGCAGCAACUUUUUCAAACUACUGACUUUUUAUAUCCAAACAUUCUUCAUCUCUCCCAACUUGCCAUUUACAACUGAUUUUUCUGAAACCUUACUCUUUGAUGGUAUUUCAGCACGCAUACUUCUCACUCUUUUCUUCCAUCUUACAGGACUUCUUAAUUUUCUUCCUUUUCUUUGACUAAAACCUGUUUGAUAACCAAGCAGUGCUGAUAUUAUCUAAACUUCCUAAAGGAUUGCCUUUGUAUUUUUCACCAUACUUCGAUCAACUAUUCUCAUAUGCAAAUAGUCUCUCUUGAUUCUUACACCUGUCAUCAAAUUCUUUCCUACACAUUGUGUUGCACACAACCAUUUUUCAUCACAUCACCAAAGUACACAAUCUUCUCACCCUCAUCUCAUGCACAACCUCAUAACCUGUCAGAAAGCCUGUUUUUGUUACUGCUUUUUCCAGACAUUUAGUGACAAAUACAGUAAUCCCUCGCUAUAUCGCGCUUCGACUUUCGCGGUUUCACUCUAUCGCGGAUUUUAAA